AUGUUGGCUGUUGCGUGUGUUCCCUUUCUCAGACUUCCUUUUUUAGAGAAGACCCUCUCAUUUCGCGUUGCUUUCUUUGUAAGACGCGUUCCUUUCUCAUUAUUAUUGUUUUUCAGAUUUGCAAAAAGAAGGAGCCACAGCAGUCUUCGAUUGACCUCUCGAAUCCAACCAAGAUGGCGCAGUGGUGUGCGGCAAACCUACGAAACUGUGAGGUUAAGAUUCAUAAAAAAAGCUUUUUUUCAUUAAAAUAAGAGCAAAUGGAUCUCCAAAAAUCAGAUAAUAACGAUAAGUUUGUGAAGAAGAAUAUAAAUUUUUUUCCUAUCUAUCUAUGGGCCUUACUUUCUCUUUCUUUUUUUGAAUAAAAAAUGAAAAAUAAUUUCGUUCCUGUUCUGUAAAAAAAUGGUAUAAAAUGUCUAUUUUUUCAAAAAAAUUUUUUUCCGAUGAUAGUAACGUCUCUUGAAAAAAAUCAAAAUAAGAAAACAAAACUCUCCCCAAAAAGUGAGUAAAACUAAACACUCUUGCAAUUUCCUUCCCUUUUAUCAAUGAAAAUAUCCUAUUACCUGCGAAAAAAUGUUCUCGCGGAAACAUUCAUCUUCGAACCUUCAGGGCUGGAAAAGCUCGGGACUGGAGUUGUCGACGACGAGCGACGAGUGCAGCCGAAUGUUCGACGCCUCGUUGCGACAGAUCGUUUCUUGGGCCGACUGUGAGGUCCUCGGAGGCCUCCGCCACACCAUGGUCGCCAUGUUUGAAGCCGAUCCGGCCGCCGGUUCGUUUCCGGUUAUUCACACAUUUUUUAAAACUAAUAAUAAUAUUUUUUUCGAAAGCUUAAUAGUUUACGCGAAAUGAAAAGUUAUCUCGGACCCUUCUAAAUUUCAAUUACUUUUUUCAUUCUCUAACAGCUUUUUUGAACUUUGCAGAAUCACUUUGAACACAAAAACAGAAAUAAUGAACUUUGAAAUCUGAGGAAGACUUUUCUCUUUAUUUCAAGCAUAACUUUGAAAUUAAAAUUUUUUUUCAAAUCCAGUAGAAAAAGACAAAAGUUUAAUAAUAAAACAUGAAUGAAAUUGCUUGUUAACCUAAACCAGUACCGGGAAGUCACAGUUUGUUUCAAAAGUAACAGGUUUUGUUAAAAGUUCACUUUCAGUCAUGCCACGUGCACUCUCGUUGGGAUUGAAUGGCCUCGGGACGGAGAAAGUGGCGAGGGCAAACGCGGAGUUCCGUCAGGAGCUGGAGAAUCUCGAGAAGGACGCGGCUGAGUAUGGCAACCCACGCGAACAGAAACACGCAAAGGCCGUUGCUCUUUGGGGUCGAGGGUCUGUACUUUUUUGCGAGUUUGGCAUGCAAAUUUGCAGAAAUAAUGGAAAGAAAAUUACUUUGCACAAUAAUAUGAAACUUUUCGCUCAAUUCACGUAGAUUCGACAGCAGACCUUGCAGAUACCACCGAGCGGCCGCAGAUCUGUGGAAUGAAAUAUUAGAACAUCAUCAUAACGACUUGCUAGCCGUCAAGUUUGCUCAUGAUGCGCACUUUUUCAUGGGCGAUUGCAAAGGUAAACGAGACUCCGUUCAAAAAGUGAUUGGAAAGUGGAACUCAUCAGAGCCAUGUUACAGGUACUUCAAUUGCUAAAUCAUCGUUUAUCGUCUCAUUUCAGUUUCUUGCAUGGAAUGUUGGCUUUUGGACUAGAAGAAUGCGAAGAGUACGAGAAUGCUGAGAAAGAAGCCAACAAAGUUCACAGUCAAGUCGGUGGAUCAGUCUCAUGAAGCGAAGAAUUUAGGCACUGGAGUUGAACCGAUUUGACUGUUGGGCUACACACGCAAAAGCUCAUGUGAUGGAGAUGAACGGCCGAUACGAAGAAGGUAUCAACUUCAUGCUGAGCACAGAAGAGGACUGGAAGGCAAGGAAAGUCGGAAACAUUUUUUUAAAAAGGAGGGUUUCAGCAAGGAUGGAUCAUCGCGGCACACAACUAUUGGCACACCUCCUUGUUUUACAUCGAAAAGUCCGACUAUGAGUCAGCUCUCGCCAUUUAUGACAAGUGAGUCAGCUAACGACUUCUUUUCGAAAUUUGUGUUCAUAACCAGGGAAGUGGCUCACCGCUACAACAGGACUCAUUCUUUGUUGGACAUGGUCGACGCGGCAUCUCUUCUCUGGAGGCUCGAGUUGGAGGGCGUCGACGUCGGCAAAGAAAGGUUCGGGAGCCUUUAUAUUGAAAGAACUCAAUGGAAACCCAAUCGGAUGCUUGGUACACUAUUAAACAGAACUCCAAACGAAUCGAAUUUUCUAGAAAUAGUAUUAUGUUGAUAAUGUCGAUGCAGUUGACUCGAAAACUUUGGUUUGUAGACAUAUCAGGUUGAAUGAAGGCUGUUAAGCGCACUAAUAAUUUAGCCUCAAAAAUAGUUUUCUUGAGUUAAAAGCUUAAAAUUAUGAAGAUGGCAAAAAGUGGAAAACCUCGGAGUUCAUGUGGAUCAGCACUCGAUCGUUUUUAAUGACGUCCAUAUGGGUCCUGCAUUAUUUCGUCAAGGCGAAGAAGAAACGGAACAAAAACUCUACGAUUCUCUAAUUUCAUACGCAAAGUUGGUAGCAAAAUAAUACAAGAGAAAAUAUAUAUACAUUUAUAGUACUACUGAAGAAGACAAUGCUAAAAUAUCAGCUCGGACUGGACUGCCGUUGUAUGAAGGAAUGUUAGCUUUUGCGCGUAAAAACUAUGACGAAGCGGCCAAAAAACUUAUACCCAUUCGCAGAAACGUGUAUGAAAUAGGAGGCAGCCAUGCUCAGGUUAGUUAUUUUGGGUAUAACCUAAUAAUACGAUACACUAUUGACCGAACAUAUUAUCAGCCGACUUCGGAAUAUAACCUGAAUAUUAUAAAGACGGAGUCGAUUUUUGAAAAAGCCUUUUGAAGAGUUAAUGAAAAGUAAAAAAAAUGAUUAAUAAAAUAGUAUUAGUAAGGGAAAGUGUGAAAGUUCUGAAUUUUGAAUCCGAACAGUUCAGCGCUACCUUUUUUCUACCCUUUUCGUGUUAAAAUCUGUAAUUUUUUUCAUGCUUAAGUUAAUAAACUAGCUCAAUCAAUCAAUCAUUUAUUCAUUUCUGAGCACUUUCCUCAAGGUCUUUGAGGUCGCUUAUAAGGAAAUUAAACACAAAAAUAAUUAAUAAAUAGGAGGUUAGUAAAGUGAAUUUCGAAAGUUUGAAGGAAUUUAUAGAAAAGCAACAAAAAAAUAUAGAUUUGCAAUGAUUAUUUUUUUCUAGCUUGGCCUAUUCUUAUCUCAAUAAUAUUUUGUUGAGGUUUUUUUGAUAGAUAGGGUAAGUCUUUGUUAAUCGCCGCUCUUAUUUCUAUUACAUUACUGUAUUUAAAAAAACAAGAUAAGUUAAUUGGAAUUCUUUACAAUUAAACUUUUUACUCAUUCGUCUUUAUUAUUUUUUUAAACUUUCAUUUGAAAAAGAAGAACGAAUUCAGAGAGAUAUCUUCACGCAGACGCUGAUCCAGUCGUGUAUUCUGGCGGGGGACGAGAGCCUAUGGAAAAUGACCCCCCAACUUUUACGAGAACGGAACGACAUGAAGUCGCCGUCGCCUUUGGCAGAACGGCUUGCUCAGAAAUUCCGCGCACAUCAUCCUAUAUCUCCAAUAUAG